AUGGGGCCGUCUCAGCAGCGCGGGGGAGCUUUCGACAUCGAGGCAUUGGCGCCGGCCAUCGCCGUCGACCACAGCAUCAGGCUCCCCAACUACUUCCGCAUCGCCGACAGCCUCCUCACCCAGGCUAACGUAUAUAGGGAGGAGAAGAACCACAUCCAGCUGUAUGUUCUUCUCCUGAGAUACUCGAGGCUUUUGUUCGAGACUAUUCCAAAACAUCGUGACUACCGCACGUUCAAGUCAGGAGAAAAGGACUUCUUCAAGAAGAAACUAUCGGAUGUCAUUGGUGAGCUAGAGUUGCUGAAGCCAGUCGUGCAGCAGAGGAUUGCAGAGCUUGAUGUGGGUGAUAUUACAGAACCUCAUUGUUUAAAUGGAACCUAUGCUGCGAGUUGCAGGAUUGACAAGCAUUCGGCAGACUCAAAUGCACCACAGGACGUUAUGAGACAUCAAAUGGCAUCAUCACCGAGUGUCAAACCUGUCAGGCAGAUCUGCAAACAAAAUGUUGGUCUACCUUAUCCAAAAGAAGAUACACUAUCCAGGCACUCCAUACUAGGGCCUGAUGGACUUUCUAGGCAGGGAGUUGGAUCUGUUUUUGCAAUGAAGGUCCAGUAUCCAACUAGUGAUGAAAUAACACAAAGUGAUAUCUCUAGUUUACUACCAGCUAUCUUGAACCAAGAUGGCCUGAAUGGCGACAGUAAAGCAUUGCUAUAUGGCUCCAAAACUGACAAUGAAAUACGGUUGUCUGUGCCAGUAGAAGAAGAAUUGUACCAACUGAGUACCCAACAGCCUUCUUACCCACCAAUGCUGCCACAAGGACAUGUGGAUCGACCAAUAUUUUCCUCAAGAGUUGCCGAUUCAAAGCCAGAGUGUGCUAUCUCAGAUAUUGACCAUUAUCGGCGCGUGGAUGUUCCAGAGGAGUUGACAGCAUGUUUCCUAAAGGCUGCUGAGGCAAAUACCAUAAAAACUCUAGAAACAUGUGGGCUUAUUUUUGGUGCACUGCUCAUGGACCCAGAUGUAGGUGAGUAUUUUAAGGUGACAGCCUUGAUAAUUCCAAAACAGAAAUCUACAAGUGAUACGUGCGAAGCUACAUGUGAAGAAGAAAUACCGGGAGUUGUUCAGAGCAUUGGCUCACCUUACCAGCUUGGUUGGAUUCAUACACAUCCAACACAGGACUGUUUUAUGUCUUCUGUUGAUCUCCAUAAUCAUUAUUCGUAUCAGAAGGAGCUGCACGAAGCAUUUGCAAUAGUUCUGGCACCUUCAAAACAAAGCAAAAAAGACCGCGAGAAAAUAUUUCAGCUCACGGAUCCAGGUGGUAUGCGUGCAAUUGGAGAUUGCGCCAAGAGGAGUUUCCAUCCUCAUGACUUUGGAACCUACAAGGAAUGCUCCCACAUAAAGUUGAAAUCUGCUUUAGCUUUUCGUGUCAUUGACCUUCGAUAAUGCUGUGUGGGUUAGAACCUUGUAGGCUGUGUAGGCUACAGGUAGGCCAUAGCU